CCAGUAGCAACUACCCCGGAGCUUUGCGAGUUCCUGGGGUUGCCUCAGGUGCCGCUCACGGGCGAUACGAGAAGGUGGAUCUUACCUCUGCACCUUUCCUGAGGUCUCCUAUCUGUUUGUCAUCAUGAGUAGUGAAUUCCUGGCGGAGCUGAAUUGGGAGGAAGGGUUCGCCAUCCCGGUGGCGAACGAGGAGAACAAGAUACUGGAAGAUCUGUUGUCAAAGCUGCGGGAUGAAAGGUCAAGCUUUCAAGAUCAGCUACGUGACUAUGAAGAUCGAAUUAAUGCUAUGACUUCUCACUUCAAAAAUGUUAAGCAAGAGUUCUUAUUUACCCAGUCUCUUUGCAAAGCCAGGGAGCAUGAGACUGAAAGUGAAGAACAUUUUAAGAUGAUUGCUGAAAGAGAACUGGGACGAGUGAAGGAUGAAAUGCAACGACUGGAAAAUGAGAUAACUUCAAUACGGGAAAAGAAAAGUGAUAAGGAAAAUUACAUAUUUAAAACUACUCAAAAACUGGAUGGUUUGAAAUGUCAAAUGAACUGGGACCAGCAAGCAUUGGAGGCAUGGCUGGAAGAAUCGGCUCAUAAAGAUAGUGAUGCCCUCACUCUUCAGAAGUAUGCACGACAAGAUGAUAAUAAAAUUAGGGCACUGACCCUGCAAUUAGAAAGACUGACAGUGGAAUGUAAUCAGAGAAGAAAGGUACUUGACAAUGAACUUGCAGAGACUCUAAGUGCACAGUUAGAAUUGGAUAAAGCAGCCCAAGAUUUUCGUAAGAUUCAUAAUGAAAGGCAAGAACUCAUUCAACAGUGGGAGAACACAAUAGAACAGAUGCAGAAAAGAGAUCGAGACAUCGAUAACUGUGCCUUGGCAUUAGCAAAGAUAAAGCAGGAAAUAAGAGAAAAAGAAAAUUUGGUUAAGGAAAAGAUCAAGUUUUUGGAAAGUGAGAUUGGGAAUAACACAGAGUAUGAGAAAAAAAUUUCUGUUGCUGAUCGUGAAGUUUUAAAAUGUAGAACGGAAUAUCAAUGUCAUGAAACUAAUCGAAUUCAGCUGAAGGAUGAGCUGGAUUCUUUAAAAGCCACUGUGAAUAGAAGUUCCAGUGAUUUAGAAGCUCUGAGGAAAAAUAUUUCCAAAAUAAAGAAGGACAUUAAUGAAGAAACAACAAGGUUACACAAAAUUAAAAAUCAUAAUCAGAUUGUAAGAAAAAAAUUAAAGCAGAUAACUGAGAAAACUACAUCUGUAGAGGAGAAAGCUACCAACUUGGAAGACAUGCUAAGGGAAGAAGAAAGAGGUGCGAAAGAAGUAGAAGUUCAGUUGAACAUAGUGAAGGAUGUGCUAUUUAAGAAAGUUCAGGAAUUACAGACUGAGACAAUGAAAGAAAAAGCUGUUGUAUCUGAAAUUGAAGGAACCCGUUCUUCUCUAAAGCACCUCAACCAUCAGUUACAUAAACUGGACUUUGAAACCUUACAGCAGCAAGAAAUUAUGUACAGUCAGGAUUUCUACAUUCAACAAGUGGAACGCCGAAUGUCACGGUUAAAGGGAGAAAUUAACUCAGAAGAAAAACAAACCCUUGAAGCAAAAACUGUUGAACUUCAAAAGACAUUGGAAGAGAAAAAAUCUACAUUUAACCUUUUGGAAACACAGAUCAAGAAGCUUCAUAAUGAUCUUUACUUUAUCAAGAAGUCAAAUAGUAAAAAUCGUGAUGAAAAACAGUCCCUCAUGACCAAAAUAAAUGAACUAAACCUCUUCAAUGACAGAUCAGAGAAAGAACUUAAUAAAGCCAAAGCUUUGAAACAGGAUUUGAUGAUAGAAGACAAUCUUUUAAAACUUGAGGUUAAACGUAUUCGAGAAAUGCUUCACAGUAAGGCAAAAGAAGUUCUUUCUCUGGAAGAAAGAAAACAGCAAUUACACACUGCUAUGGAAGAACGGACCGAAGAAAUUAAGGUUCACAAAAAAAUGCUUGCAUCACAAAUAAGAUGUGUUGAUCAAGAACGGCAAAAUAUAAGUGCUGAGUUUCAUGAGCGGCUAAGUAAAAUUGAUAAGCUGAAGAAUAGAUAUGAAAUUCUUACUGUUGUUAUGCUGCCUCCUGAGGGAGAAGAGGAGAAAACGCAGGCCUAUUAUGUAAUAAAGGCUGCUCAAGAAAAAGAAGAACUUCAAAGGGAAGGUGACAGUUUGGAUGCUAAGAUCAACAAAGCUGAAAAAGAAAUCUACGCUCUAGGAAACACCUUGCAAGUGCUGAACAGCUGCAACAACAAUUACAAACAAUCUUUUAAGAAAGUGACUCCAUCUAGUGCUGAGUAUGAGGUAAAAAUUCAACUAGAAGAACAAAAGAGAGCUGGUGAUGAAAAACACAGAUACAAACAAAGACAAAUCAGAGAACUACAGGAAGAUAUCCAGAGCAUGGAAAAUACUUUAGCAGUUAUAGGACAUUUAACAAAUAAUGUCAAAGAAAAAAUAUCAGAGAAGCAAGCUUAUGCACUUCAACUAAGGAGAGAAACUGAGGAACAGAAGCCAAAAUUAGAGAGAGUAACUAAACAGUGUGCAAAACUCAUCAAGGAAAUCCGUCUUUUGAAAGACACGAAAGAUGAAACACUAGAAGAACAAGACAUCAAACUUCGUGAAGUGAAACAGCUUCACAAGAUCAUUGAUGAAAUGUUAGUUGAUAUCACAGAAGAAAAUGCUGAGAUUGGUAUUAUCCUUCAAACAUACUUUCAACAGAGUGGUUUAGCACUACCUACAGCUAGUACUAAAGGGAGUCGUCACAGUUCUAGAUCUCCUUCCCAGACUUCACUGGUAUCAGCAAGGUCAUCUAAGAGUACAAGUACUUCUGCUUCUCAGACUUCAAUUAAAGUAUUAGAGCUGAACUUCCCAGCCUCUUCACAAACUGGCAGCACUUCUAGACCAGCUAGUGCUAGCAGUGGCUCCAGUAAUGGUAAAAGCAAAAAGAGCAGCAAAUAAACAUUUUAAUCUCUUUUGAACAAGUUGUAAACACAAAACCAAAAAUCUCAUAAUUUUAAAAUAGUAUAUCCCACUCACUCUAUGCUUUUGGGUGCCUUAUACUGAUAUACAGGCCUACUGAAAUAGUGUUAGAAAUACAAAAUGACCAGACAAAAGUUUUAUCCAGUGGAAAAUAUAAAAACUGUUAAAAAAAAAAAAAAGUCAAGCUAUUUGGGUCCAAAUAAGCCAAAGAAAUGUUUAAUUUUCUUAGCUUUUUUCCUACUAUUUUUUUCACAUAGAGGGAAAGAAGUAAGAACAGAUUCUUAACAAGGAUACAUGUUAUACAAGCAUAGGGUUAUGAUAGUUUCCACUGUCAUUUUGUUUGUUAUAUCUCUUUUACCCUGGAAGAUCCUGAAAUUAGGUUUUAUUAAAAGAAACAUACUUCCCAGACCUUGGGGGAAGAAAUGUUAGUUUCCUCCUUUAGCAUAAUUAAAAAAUUUUUAGUCAAAAAAUGGCAUUACCUCUCCCCCUCCCCCCACCAAGAAAACAAUUGAUAGGAAAGAGAACCACUGUAUCAAUAAAAGUGCAGCUUAAAUUUCUAGGAAGUAGUCCAUUCUGAUCUUGAAAGAAGUCAAACACAUUAAAGAUUUUGCUCUCGAGAUACAACCAAGAAUGUGUUUUCAAGAUUUCCUUGAUUUAAUAAACAAUUUAAAGAAAGCUAAGCAUAAUUAGAUUUGCAAUAGGAAUUCCACAAAUUUGCAGUGAAGGUAGACUAUCAGAUUAAGAAUUAGUUAUUUCAGUCAAUACUUUAUCAUAACAUGUGCCCAACAGUUUGAACUCCUGAAGUAUGACUAUGAUGUUAUAAAACUGGUUUUCAAAUAAGUUUAUCAGGAUCUAUGUACCUAAAUGAGUAUUGUCUCCUUCAAACCUUGGAAAAAAAUAUUUGUUAUGACAAUUGUCAUUGAUUAGAACUGUCACUUGCAAUUCCUUCUGAAAGGUAGUAGUGGUUUCUCCUGAUCACUAGAGUAUUUUAUUAUCAUUUUUAGUAAUAGCCAGCAAAAGGCAUAGCCAAGUCCAAUGAAUACGAUGGGUAAAAAGCUGAAUAUUGUUUCGUAAAACACUGUUCUGGUAAGUGAGAUUUAUAAGAUCUAAAAACUGAUUAAUCUUAUGGUCACUUCAAAUGUUCAGAGUUCUCAUUCUCUGCCCUAUUUUACUUUGUAAAUUACUUGUAAGCUGAAAUAUUAAACACUGUAUUCUAUGAAGGCAGGGAUUGUAUCUUACUCGUUCUCUGACCUUGGGAAAGUUACUUUAUGCUUUCUUCCUCAUUUGUAAUAUAGAGACAGUAAGAGUUAUCUAUAUCGAAAGUUUAUUGAAAUAAUCAGAUAAUAUAUACAAAGUGCAAGGGCCUGACACAUUGGAAUUGCACAGUAACUUCUACCUAUUAUUGAGUCACCAACCAAAGCCUACCACAGUAUUUGUGGAAUGGUUAGGUUCUCAAGCCAGCAUGCAAGUCUACAUUUAACUCUUAAAUAAAGUAAUAGUUCCAAGUUCAGUGUAAUAAUGUUAAAUGGUGAAACAAGGGAUCAACCCCAUUAUCUCCAAAUCUAGAGAGUUAUCCUAACAUUCACCUGCUGUGUUAGAAAGUCAUCUACUUAUACAAACCAAGAUACUACCUGGGUACGUACAAACUAUAGACA